AUGAUGAAGAGAAGAUGUUUUGAGUUGGUCUGAUGAAAAUGCAACAGAAACAAUUUCUCAAGAAUUCUACAUAACUUUAUUAAAUGUAGGAAUUUUAAACCCCAAACAGUUACCAUCUAAAAGCACCAGUCCCUUCCCCUCACCGUCUAUUCCGUAGGGAAAAAAAUGAAUUUUACAAACUGUACAACAGAAGCCAAUGUGGCUAUCCAGCCAAAAACAGUAACUGAAAAGAUGCUUAUUACCUUGACCUUGGGCACAAUCACAGUCUUGACCAUGCUGCUGAAUUCUGCUGUAAUUGCAGCAAUCUGCACAACCAAGAAAUUACACCAGCCAGCAAAUUAUUUAAUAUGCUCGCUAGCUGUGACAGAUCUGCUUGUUGCUAUUCUAGUCAUGCCUUUGAGUAUUAUAUACAUAAUGAUGGAUAAAUGGACUCUGGGACACUUCAUCUGUGAGAUAUGGCUCAGCGUUGACAUGACUUGUUGCACAUGUUCAAUUCUUCAUCUUUGUGUCAUUGCUCUGGAUAGAUAUUGGGCAAUCACAGAUGCCAUUGAAUAUGCCAGGAAAAGAACUGCAAAAAGGGCUGGGCUUAUGAUAGGCACUGUAUGGACUAUAUCCAUUUUCAUUUCAAUGCCACCAUUGUUUUGGAGGAAUCAUCACAGCAUCAGUAUUCCAAGUGAGUGCCGUAUUCAACACGAUCAUGUUAUCUACACAAUUUACUCCACUUUUGGAGCAUUUUAUAUCCCCUUGACUUUAAUACUGAUCCUCUACUACAGAAUUUAUCAUGCCGCAAAGAGCCUUUACCAAAAACGUGGUUCAAGCAGACACCUAAGCAACAGAAGCACCGACAGCCAAAACUCUUUUGCCAGCUGUAAGCUCACACAAACCUUCUGUGUGUCAGACUUCUCUACAUCUGACCCCACCAUGGAAUUUGAUAAAAUAAAUGCUUCGGUGAGAAUCCCUCCCUUUGAUAAUGACCUAGACCUGGCUGGGGACCGUCAGCAGAUUUCAAGUACACGGGAACGAAAGGCUGCUCGUAUUCUGGGACUGAUUUUAGGGGCUUUCAUGUUGUCUUGGCUGCCAUUUUUCAUUAAGGAGCUUAUCGUGGGCCUUAACAUUUGCACUGUGUCUGAAAAAGUAGCUGACUUUUUGACCUGGCUUGGUUAUGUCAACUCCCUUAUCAACCCUCUGUUGUACACUAGUUUUAAUGAAGAUUUUAAGCUGGCCUUUAAAAAGCUCAUUAGGUGUCGGGAACAUUCUUAAAAGUAUCUAAAAAUGUUGAUGACAUGACUCCUUGGCCUUAAGAAUGAGUAAAAUAACCAGAAUUUAGCAGCCUUUUUGCUUGGAAAAGAGAAUUUGUGUUUCUCUAUAUGCUCAACUUCUCUUUAGCCUGUAAGUUGUUCUGCAGUUUUUUACCUCUGUUGUUAUUUAUGGUCCAUAGUUUCAAAUAAAUUUUAUUAUACUGAGGCACAGAUGUUUUCAGCAAGUGAACACAAAAAAUAACGUAUCCAUUCAUUUUUAGGAUAUUUUGCUUAUGAAUAAUCUAUCGUUCAAAAAUCAAAUUUCUUUUGUAUUUUUCAUUGAUAAAUGUCUAAAUGAGCUUGCACUAAAGUUACAUGAAGGUUGAUCAUCUAAAUCCACAUAAGUAUAUACUUGGUAAAAAAUAAAUUCAGCUCAUGGUUGUGCCAUUAACUACCAACUGAAUUGUAAACCUUUGAUACCGUCUCCUGAGGAAAUAUUGCCGUUCAUUGAGAAGGAAAAUAAUUCUAAUUUUCAGUGUAACUCAUGGUAAAAUAAACCUGCAGAGUCAAAUUCUGCCAUUCUAUACAUUAUUCUUAGUCUGAUGUAAAUCCAGUGAUAUAUCUGGAGUCAGAUUUUGGCUCAUUCCUUUUAAAAGAGGAGCUUGGCAUAUACUCCAAGAGAUCUAUAUAAGCGACUUUGGCAUUAGAGAAAUAGGUUAACAUAUUAUCCAGUUAACAGCUAUAAUCAGAUGGCUAUUGGCAAAAGCAUAGAACGGCUAUUGAUUUGAUUUGUGUGCUAAUUGAGAACAAACUUAGCAGUGUCAUGCUUAUAGAGCCAGCUGCACCUCUGUCACUUUUCAAGUUUAAUUAUAUCCCUUCAGGGCUUGGGCCUUGUGCCACAUCUUGAUGUGGAAGUACCACAAGUCUUCCAUACAUCAACUGGGCAUGGGGCUAAAGAACACUGUAUCACUCAUUCUUACCUACAGAGCCAACUGAGUUCACUGGGUUGCAAUUCUUCCCUCAGGCACAAAUGGCCAGUGCUAAACCAUAGCAAAACACCCUGCUAAAAACCAAAGUGUUGUUUAUUUUUAACUGUAGGAACAAAGGAGUUACAGGAAACAAUCUACUACACACAAGUCUUUCUUACCUAAAGGCUUACCAUCUCUGGUGAUAACCUUGGCAAGACUGAUUUCUUCUGAUGCCUCCAGGGUGUCCUAUGUCUCUGUCUAGUUCCCCCAAAAAGCUAAUUCCUCUCUCUCUAAAGAGGUUGCCCUUUUAUCCUUCCUCUAUGUUUAGAGACUUUUGCCUGUUCCGCUCUAAACCAGCUUUGUAAAUAGGCUGGAAAAGAGACAAAAUUAAAGCAUUAGUUUUGACGCUGUCCUUUA